AUGAAUUCCGUUGUCCACGACGCAGUACACUCAGAUCUCCAGCAGCUUAACGUCCGACUGCAGCAGAUUCAUGAAGCGAUCUCCAACUUCCAACCGCUGAGCGACAGACCUCCGAUUCUUGACUCGUCACUGGACGUUAGUACCGAUGCCGGCGAAGAUAGUCAAUGGCUUCAGCAAGAGCACAUCCCGGGGCUCAAAAACUUAAGAGAUAACAUAAAGAUUGAUCUUGACGUGCUUCAAAAGUUUCUUGACGAUCCGGAAUCAAUCCAUCUCCCACCAUUGUCAACCAAUGCUCCAUACCUCAUCGCGGUUUGGAACGAGGUUUUAUGCGGUCCAGCGCCUAUAGUUUCCGUGUUCAAAACGUUCCCCUUCCAGCCUACCUCGCAGCUACCCAACUCUGCGAGAAAGAGAGGCGCCCAAAGACCUCCAGGAGCGAAGGUUGACGUAGUGGCAGACAACGGCCGACGAUGGAUUCGGGUCAAUACCGUCAAGAACUCUCGUAUCCUUUCAGAAUUCCGCGAAAUCGAUUCUUAUCUAACCGAUUCCGAAGAUGAUUCGAACGACGAAUGGGAAGCAGAUCGGCCAACUCUUGCUCAAACCGAAUUUGACAACUCCAUUCUACGUAUGGGUCGAUCCCUUUUGCAGGCGGCCAAAGCCAAUCCUAUUAUUGAGGGCACAUCGGAGAUUCCUAAAGUGACACUUCGUUUGACGAGGUUAGAUCUGAACGCAGGAGCUGACCCACGAAUCGCGCAAACGAUACAAUGUCUUCUUGAUCUGGGUGUCGACGUGGAGCUUGGAGAACGGGGAGAGAACGAACUACUCAUACUGCCUUCAUCUAGAGUGCCCUCCCCCUCCCCGCCUUUCCCUCUUGAACCCACACCGCGCAUCAACCUCGAUCUUUCUGUCCUUAUCGCGGUCAUAUCUGAUCUUACGCAUGCCCAACUCCCAUCGACAAUUGACGAAGCUAAUCGACGCUUCAUACCUCCCCAAGAAUAUUGCAAGUGGAAACAGAAGAGGCAGACCAUAAACGGUAUGGCGAAGGGGAAACCCCGUCAUAUUGAACCAGCUACGGACGAGGACGCUGCAGCUGUGCAGCACGAUCUAGCAAAACACUCUCGGGCUUUAACAAAUCAGCUGCUGCAGGAAAUGGGAAAGGGGCUUUUACAAGAAAUUCAUGACAAAAUCUUGGCCAUGCAAAAGGUGGAGUUUUGGACGACACCAGAAGCCCGUGACCGCUGCCUCCGCAUCGUGUCUAAAAUUGGGGGCUCAAAUGAGAAACGUCGUGCGUUUGCUCUAUUCUCAAUGCCAGGCCCUGGGUCUCCUUCUUCCAAUGCACCGCUCACGCCGGAACAAGCUGAAGACCAAUACUGGCAGAACUCUCGCUACCCCUCCAAGUUCAUCCCCCUCUUCCCUCUUCGCCUCUACCCCGAAUCUGCCAACGACGAUCGUGCUGCCUUGCUCGCAACCCUCUCUCCACCCGAAACGCACCUUCGUCUGAAAUUCCACAGGGAUCUGGGGAAAACAUGCGAGGACAUCCUCGCGCAGGAAACUAUCCCUCACCCGCGUGCGCUCCCUGAGGACCUCGUGAACACACCCGAUGACAGCGGGGAGAUCCAGCGGGCUAUCGUGACCAAGGCUAAUCCCAGGUUGACUGCGCACACGGUGCAGAGCAUGCUGUGGGGCGCGGAUUUGGGAUGGACGACGCUCACUGCGAAUAGGAUGAGUGUAAAGGCGAUUUUGAGGGAGAUGAAGAUUGCGAGGGUUACCGGGAGGUUGGAUGCUUUGGAUGAAGGAGGUAUGGGAGGGGAGGAGGUUGUGAACUCGCCGGCGAUUUGGGUUGUGGAUCCGAGGAGUUUGGCGGAGGGGAUGUCGAAUUUGGCUACUAGUAGUUCUGUGGCUGUUGUUGAUUAG